CUAUAUCCAGAAAUAUUAUACCAAAUACACUUUUUAUUAGUUUUGAUACCGAGCUUCUUUCUCUCUUUUCUAGCCUCGGCUGCUUGCAACCAUGUUUUCUCAGAAGAAACCAUACUCAGCUGUCACUGUAACUGUUGAGCGCCUUACUAGCGAGCAGUAUGAAGAAGACGAUCUUAGUGGGAUCCCCGACCUGGUCGAGGUUAUUAAACUUCAAGCAUCUGGCCCCGCAGAAGCCGCUCGCGCCCUCAGGAAAAAGCUGAAGUAUGGUAGUGUCCACAGACAGCUAAGAGCCCUUGUGCUUCUCGAUGGCUUGAUCCAGAAUGCUGGCCCACGUUUUCAGAGGACCUUUAUAGACGAACCCUUGCUUGAGCGCUUGCGAGUUUGCGGUACUUCAGAUCUGUCUGAUCCUGAUGUCAAGAAAAAGUGUUCUGAGCUAUUCAGGGGCUGGGCUGCAGAGUAUAAGAAUACCCCAGGCCUCGAAAGAAUUGCCAUGUUAUAUAAGGAACUCCCGCGGCGUAAACAAGUCGUCACCCAGGAGAAAUCCAAGGUCUUGCGUGAAACAGAGCAAGACCCCUUUCGCGAUUCUGAGGACGAAUCCGAACAAACUCCUGCCUCUCCAACUUCCCCCACUCAGGCUUCGUCCUCGCGACAGCCUGUUACCUAUCCUCAGCCCACCCAAACUGUGCAGUCAUUCAGCCACGUCAAAUCGACUUCCGGCUCUGGCUCUGGUUCAUUCUUCUCUAGUUCUCCUAAGGAUAAGAAGAAGAAGGAAAAGGAAAAGGGCAAGAGAAAGCACAAGCCUUUCAACCUCGAAGCAGAAAAGGACGCCAUGAAAGUUGCAAUCGCCGAGUCCUCCAUUGCGGCUACUAAUCUAACCAAUGCUCUUCAAAGCAUAAAUCGAGAACGCGAACGGAUCUCGGAAAACUCCACAGCUGUAGAGCGGUUUGAGUCUUGCAAAAAGCUACGACGGAAAAUACUACGCUACAUUCAUCAUGUCGAAGACGAACAAUGGCUGGGAGGUCUUCUCCACGCCAAUGAUGAGCUUGUAGUUGCACUCAUGACUUAUGAGCAACUGGAUCGUUCUAUCGAUGCUGAUAGCGACUCGGAGGACGAGCUAGCCGAACAAGCACAUCUAUAUAGGAUGGCAACCGAGAAGCACAAACAGGCGAUGUCACCCACGAGUCCAUCCAGCCCUGUAUCAGACAUGGCCCAGCUCAGUAUCAACCCGAGCCCUCCCCCUAGACCGAUGCCGCCGCCACGGCCGUCUGCUGCAUCCAAGCCAGUGAUAGCUCCACGCCAACCUUCCCCACCAGGCUCGGACGAAGAGGACUACGCAGACGAAGAUGAAAACGACCCGUUUGCCGAUAGGAACGAACUUGCAACGCCCAAGGUAGAAAGGGAUGAGCCUAAAUGGUAGAUACCUUUCAGUUAGUUCUUGCUCGAGGUAGGUUAACGCGGUGGCUUCCAUAGGGGUUUCUUAAUGUACCGAUCAAUUAUGAGAUACCUUUUCUGAGUCGAAUGUUGACUCCAUGCAUUGAAUUUAAUUUCUGGUAUAUCCUAGAGAACCAAUACUUCCACAUCCUUAACCAAUGAACCCAUAAUAAAUCGUAACUACCUCCUAUCUUAGGUAGGUUAAGGGGGGCUGAUGUUCUACUUGUCUGGAGCGAGAUUCUUUAGCAACCGUCCUCUCUCUUCUGUCUUAACUUUCUCUCGUAUCUUCAAUAUUUUAGAUUGCGAAUGAGACUUAGUGUAAUAAUCUUGAGCAUACAUCCUUCCUGUUCCCAUUUACAUGUCUCUUUGACCAGCCUUGCCCUCUUUGACGAAACCUACCCGUUGCAUGCCCGUCUUGGUUAAUGCUUACGGUCAUUUCUAGGAUAUAUCAAUAUGUCUGACCAAAGGUAGAGACAUGUUUCUUGUAUUACAAGAUUGCAAACUGGUUCGAUCACGAAAAGCAUCGUUGUCUGGGUGGCGCGAGAUACAUUAUACGCACAUAUUCCACGGUUACGGAAAGGAGGUAGGUAAAAUGUUAAGCUGCCAAUAAACUGUACAUUUUACUAGCUAAGAACAUUGAC